AUGGCGCGCCUCGCCACCAUCCUCAGCUUUGGGGACCACGCCGAGGAGGGCACCGACGCCUUCCCAGAGCCGCAGGAGGACUACCAGCAAGAACACGACAAUGACGACAACGCAGCGUCAGACGCCAGCGGCGACAACUUCAAGUUCGCGUUCGCGCGGCCGCUGGCGCCGGCGGGCAGGGAGGCGCUGACCGACGACCUCUUCGCGCACGGCAGCAUCCUCCCGGCCUACCCGGUCUUCCACCGCCGCCAGGCCCACGAGGACGAUGCCUUGGCCUCGGCCACCUCCGUGAUGGCGCCGCCCUCGCCGGACACGUACUGCGCGUGGGCGCCGCGGUCCGCACCAGGGUCGCCCACGCGCGAGCCGGCUGCCUUCCCCAAGAGCGCGUCCACGGGCACGGGCGAGGCCGCGUGCCGGUUCCGCCUGGGCGACAUCCUCGGCUCCGGCGGCCGCUCCCACAGCAACGGUAAGGAGAAGUUCCUCUUCCUCCAGCCGACCCUCGCCAAGCCCAAGCCCAGGACCAGCGCAUUAUGCGCUGCCGCCGGAGGAGACAACCGCGCCGCCAAGAAAACACAUGCGCAGCCGCAGCAGAAGCAGAGCAAGAAGAAGGGGGCGGCCGCCGCUCCGACGGAGAUGGACAUGGCCACCGCGCACAGGCAGCAGUACGAAACUCAUAUUCCAUGGAAGUACAAGGUACAUGUGAAGGGAAUUUGA